AUGUUUCCAAAAAUAUUCCUUCUUGUCCUAUUUACGGCAGUAAUUUGCUAUGCCAAACGACAAACAAUAACUGCUAAGGGACGUGUCGGCUGUGAUAGACGAAUUGCUGAAAAAGUUUUGGUUGAACUUCGUGAAGCAGAUACUUUUGAUCCUGACGACAGUCUUGCCAGUACUCAUACGGAUGUCCGAGGAUACUUUGAAAUUAGUGGUGAAGAAGAUGAAGUUGGCAGCAUUGAACCGUACAUCAGAGUCUACCAUAAAUGCUUAAAUGGAGUUGUCAAUGAAGUAGGCUUUUUUUUUUUU